CGUUUUUUAAGGCUUUCUAAGUCCUGCUGUCCUUUUAGAAUGAUAAUUAGGAUAUCUUCGGCUAGCUAGACAGACAAUUGUGUGAAUUUAGUCGAAUGUGUGAUUAGGAGGCCCAUUCUGGGCUUAACAGGGUUAAACCACAUCCCAUACAACAGCUGGCCUACUUUUGUUUUCACAGAAAACGAAACUUAGGGAGUGCUGAAGAUGGCAGCAAGCAAAGAGCCAGGUUCUUUAUCCUGCUCGAUAUGCUUGGAUAUACUGAGAAGACCUGUGACUCUCCAAUGUGGCCACAGCUACUGCAUGGACUGUGUAAAUGCCUACUGGGACCAGGAGGAUCGCUGUGGUGUUUACAGCUGUCCCCAGUGUAGACGCACAUACACCCCCAGACCUGUGUUGAACAAGAACACAGUGCUGGCUGAUUUGGCAGAGAAAAUGUCCCCAGAAGAACACCACCCAGUGGAUGUGGAGUGUGAUGUCUGCACUGCGAAGAAGCUGAAAGCUGUCAAGUCUUGCCUGGUGUGUCUGGCUUCGUUCUGUGCAACUCAUCUGCAGCCCCACUACGUGUCUGCUGCUUUCAAAAAGCACAAGCUGGUGGAAGUCUCUGCCUCCAUACAAGAUAAGAUCUGCUCUAAGCACGACAAGCUUCUCGAAGUCUAUUGCCGCAGCGAUGGCCAAUGCAUUUGCCUGCUUUGUGUGAUGGAUGAGCACAAAGGUCAUGACACCGUCUCAGCUGCAGCGGAGAGAAAAGAGAAACAAAAACUGUUUGGAAAGAAAAAACAAAGAUACCAACAGGGAAUCCAGGAGAAACAGAAGCAGCUGCGGCAGCUGAGACAGAAAGUGAAAGCACUGCAGUGUUCUGUGGAUGCAGCUGGUGAUGAAAAUGAGAAGGCCUAUACUGAAAUAGUCCAAAUGGCAGAUAAAAGGCGUAGUACUGUGAGAGAGCUGAUCAGAGUUCAGGAGACGGCUGCGGUGAGCCGAGCUGAGGCGCUCGUGGAUCGGCUGGAGAAGGACAUCUCUGAGCUGAGAAAGGGAGAGGAUGAACUGAAGCAGCUUUCUGUCACUGAGGAUCACAUUCAUUUCCUGCAGAGCUGCCAGUCCAUUUUGGACUGUCCGGAACCUGACCAGUGGUCUGGUUUCGACAUCCUUCCACACACACCUUUUGACUUUGUGACAAAGGCUAUUUCUGUUUUGAGAGACAAAAUGGAAAAAAUGGCCAGAGAUAUUGCAGAAAUUUCUCAGACGUUUCAAGCUGAUCCUGAUCCUGAGACAAGACAGGAGUUCUCCCUUUAUUUCUGCCGCCUCAGUUUGGAUCCCAACACAGCAUUUGAAAACCUGUUGCUCUCUGAGGGGAACAGCAGAGUGAGCUGGAUUAAAAAAGCACAGAGGUAUCCAUAUCACCCAGAGAGAUUUACCCAAUACGAUCAAGUGUUGUGCACUGAAGGUUUAUCGGGUGUUGGCUACUGGGAGGUUGCGUGGCGAGGGCCCAGGGUCGAGGUCGCUGUGUGCUAUAAAGGGGCAGGGCUGGAUGAAAGUGGCUUUGGAGACACAGAUCAAUCCUGGUGCCUUUCCCUUUCAAAUGUUGGUUGCACCUUUUGGCAUAAUGGAGUCAAAACCAAAGUAUCCCCCCACUGCUCCUCUACUGUAGGAGUGUAUCUGAACCAUAAGGCGGGGAGACUGUCCUUCUACAGCGUGUCUGAUUCUGGUCAAAUGAUGCUCCUGCACAGAGUUCACACCACAUUCUCCCAGCCUCUGUACCCUGGGUUCAUGGUCUGCAGAGGGGCCUCAGCUAGGAUAAUGUCAUCUAAGUAAAGGGCAUCCACUGUCAAGGUUGCUCAAAGUACUCCACCACAGGGCCUUGAUAGUUUUCUUUAAAAUGUUUAUUUUUGCAAGGAAAAGGCUGAAAAUGAUAUUUGGCGCUGAUGUGAGGUUUCUGUGUGUGUUCCAUGUUCCUCGUCCUGUAAUGGAUCCCUUUAACUGUAAACUCAGCAAUGUAUUGUUCGUGUAAGAAGUAGAAUAAAUAUAUAUAAAAAACGGCAGUCAAACUUAUCUAUCUUAUCAAGGUGUGUACUAAGGUUUUUUUUUCUUAAAAAUAGCGAUACGCAUGGAUUCAUAAAAAAAAAAAAUAGAGAGCGCGUCAAGAUAAGUGUGGAUAUUAGUUUGCUUACUUUAUGAAUGUAUACCAAUGGCGUUUAGUUACAUAAGGCAACAAUAUAUUGGUUUUGUCAAUUCAAAUAAAUGAUGAUGGUCACAU